GCCAUGGCGCAGCGUACAGCCGCAUGGCUGUUGAUCGUCAUGCUGGCACAGAUGAGGGGAGAGGCGACUGAGCCAGAGGACAUGCUGGUGAAGGCGGCUGGUUUGUACAGCCAUGGGAGUAUGGCUGAGUGCGUGAGGGUCCUUCAAACGUCAAUAGAGCAGGACAAGGACCAGGCUCUAGCUCAUCUCAUGCUGGGACAGGCGCUCCGCUCCCUCCAGCGUUGGCCGGAGGCGAUCGAUGCCUUCCUGGCCGUGAAGCGAUGCACCGCCCCGGUACCGAGGGAGGUGAGGGAGCAGGCAGGGAUACACCAUGGCAGGGCUCUGAUGGAACUCGAUCGGUGGGAGGAGGCCAUUGCUGCCUUCGAGGAGACUUGGUCGCGACACCCUGAGUCCUCGGAUGCUCUCUUCCGCUUCCUCUACCUGCAGCAUUUCGCAUGCAACUUCACCAGGCGCGAUGAACUGCUCCUGACAGCGAGGAGGAGGCUUGUGGAGGAGCUCAAGGUGGCAGGCAGGAGCGCCAUGACGCCAUCCCAGGCGCUGAUGAUGCUCGACGCGCGAGAGCUGAAGCUGCUGGCCAAAUCGUUUGCUCAUGGGCACAUCGUGGAAGGUAAGAGGACGAGGACUUGCUCGCUCCCGCUCACUGUCUUCCUCACCAGCCCUGAGGGACAACAAGGAGGGAGUCUGGCAGUGGAGCUUCGACUCUGAGGUACUUGGAGGAGCGGCGGUGCAGGGCUGGUUCGCCUACUCUCCUGCUAGCCUGCUGCUUGUUGACGGUCGGCUGCGCGUGGGGUACGUCUCGAG